UUUCUUUCACCUUCACUGGAUCUCACUCGACUGCUUAAAAGGCGAGCGCUUGGACGUUUCUUAUCAGCGUUGAUCGAGCAACGACAAAAGAAGCAUCGGCUUGUUCUAGAUCUUGUUGUUUGAAAACCCCAUCGAAAUCCCCCAAUCGAAAGGACUAUUCCCUAUCGUCAACCAUGAAGGCAGUAACUGUUUUAAUGACGUGCCUCGUUGCCGCGGCGGUGGCUGCUCCACAAUACCACUACCAACGACCGCAAUCUAAUCAAGCGGCUCCCUCCGUUUCGGCCGAUCAAUGGGCCGCUAUGAAUCCGCUUAAUUCACAGAACGGCGAUCUGGAAGAAAUUAAAAACCAAUGGGAACGCUUUCUUGAAUACCUUCCAUGGUUGAGAGGAGCUGUAGGGCCGGCUGGACCUGCUGGAGAAACCAAGUACGUUGCCGGGCCUCCUGGUGCUCCUGGACCACAAGGUUAUGCUGGUCCUAAAGGAGACAAGGGAGAUGCAGGCGCACAGGGCGCCACUGGCGAGGCCGGACCUCAAGGAAAUCCUGGCGCUGAUGGAGCUCAAGGACCUCAAGGAUUGAAAGGCGAAUCUGGCGCAGAUGGAGCUCCUGGGGCAAAUGGAUCUCCAGGUGAACCCGGAGCCAAGGGAGAUGCUGGAUUGAAUGGCGCAGAUGGAGCUCCAGGAGCUCCAGGAGCCCCAGGCAAAGAUGGAUACAACGGAGCCCCAGGACCUGUUGGACCAAAAGGAGACACUGGCGCACCUGGAAUCACUCUGCCAUCGAAAAUCCCUGGCCCUCCUGGUGCUCCUGGUUAUCCUGGUAAAGACGGAGCACCUGGCGCUCCUGGACCACAAGGAUUAGUCGGCCCCGUUGGACCUGCUGGACUUCAAGGCCCCGCUGGCAAGGACGGUGCUCAGGGUAAUCCAGGUGUUGCUGGACCUAAGGGAGAUGCUGGUAAACCUGGUUACAACGGAGCUCCUGGAAAAGACGGACUCCCAGGUGCCCCAAGCACGCAACCUGGCCCUGCUGGACCUCAAGGACUGGCUGGAUCACCAGGCAAUGACGGCGCUCCGGGUAAAGAUGGAGCUGUUGGUCCAGUUGGUGCUCCAGGCAAAGACGGACUUGACGGUGCUCCCGGUGCUCAAGGUCCUCAAGGUGAACAAGGCAAACCUGGUAAGGAUGGUUAUCCUGGCGCUGCUGGUGCCCCUGGCGAAACUGGACCUCAAGGAAUCCAAGGACUCCAAGGUGAACAAGGCCCUGCUGGAACUCCUGGCAGCCCUGGACCGCAAGGAUUAGUUGGCCCCGUCGGCCCAGCUGGAGCCGAAGGUAAAGUGGGUCCUGCCGGAGAACCUGGAACUCCUGGCCCUGAAGGGCCAAUUGGAUCAAUCGGCCCAGCUGGACCAGAAGGUAAACCCGGCCAACCCGGAGCUACCGGCCCAGUUGGCCCAGCUGGCCCUCCCGGCGCCCCGGCAACGAAAGCUCCUUACCCCACUCCCGCCUACACAACCGCCUCACCCAGCGCACCCUACUACAGAGAAGCUCCAAAGGACACUUGGUUCAGUUGGUAAAAUUUGUUCCAAUUUGAAUAUUUCGGCUAAGAACUCUAACACCAACCCUAUUUAAUGAUGCAAAAUAGCUACUUUCGCAAGAAUCUUUCGAGAAAGUAAUAACACACCGAUGUAUUGAAAAUCUCUGCACUUUUCUCUGUGUACAUUGCAAAAAGGAUUCGCACGAAAUGUGGAAAUAAACAGUAUUUAAUCUUA